AUGCCACUGUCAAUCCUAUCGGAUGGGCAGAUCAAGGAUCUGCUCGAGGACCUCACGGCAGAGGAGCUCGAGUCGUUCCAAGCUGCGCUCAAGGGCGCGCUGCACGAGUACAGCGUCGGCACCCAGAGUCGAACGCCGCAGGAUGACAGCCACCUCGAGCGUCAGGUCGUCUUCACGCCUUCGACGGGGACAAAGAGCCUGUUUAUGCCGUCCCACGGGCCUCCGGGAUUAGGGGUCAAAGUAAUCACACUGAGCUCUCCCCAGGCGACCAAAAUCGCCGAAGACGAAGAUGCACCAGAACUCCCAGUCGUCCGCCCAACCGGGGCCAUCACCCUCUUCUCGGCACGGGGCGACCCGGUGGCCGUGCUGCACGCAUCGCAUCUCACGGCGUUCCGGACCGCGCUAGCCAGCACGUGCCUGGUGCAGCGGCGGGACCACGUCCGGGUGCUGACCGUAUUCGGCACGGGCCUGCAGGCCUACUACCACGUGAGGCUGGCGCUCAAGUCGCGCGGCCCCACGGUGAAGCAGGUCAACGUCAUCAACCACCGGUACAACGACGGCUGCCGCGACCUGCUCAAGCGGUUCUGGACCAUCCCGGCCGAGACGAAGCAGCGCGAGGGCUGGGCGGAUUGCCAGUUCGCCAUGCUGACGCCGGGCUACGUCGAGUACGACCGCCUACUCAAGGAGCAGGUCAGGGCGGCGGACGUGAUAUUCUGCUGCACGCCGUCGACGAGGGAGCUGUUCCCGGCCAGUUACCUCACAAACCCCGAGGGCAGGCGCAGGGGGAGGUUGCUGGUCGCCAUCGGGUCCUACACCCCCGAUAUGGCCGAGAUCCCGCUCGACGUGCUGCGGCAGGCCACCAAGCGGCACAAGGGCCACGGGCCGCACUUUCACAAGCAUGCGGCCGAGGGCGGGGUGGUUGUCGUGGACACCAUCGACGGCGCGCUCAAGGAGGCGGGCGAGCUCAUAGCUGCGGGCCUCCGUCCAGACCAGCUGGUCGAACUUGGCGAGCUGGUCAUGCUUCAAAGGUGCUCCCUCCCGGACGAAAGCGACGGCGAUUCCGAGGUCGGCGCCAGGGACGAGGCGCCGCUCGGGUCUCCGUUGGCUCAGGAAUUCGACGGGCUGAGCCUGACGCCAGGGACGUCUGCCAUGUCCACCGUGUACGGGUCGAGCGCGAGCAGGGCGUCGAGCACGAGCAGGGGAUCGUCGCCGAGCCGGGGCGGCGGCGCGUCUCCGCCGGCCAGUGAAAAGAGUCGGAGUGGGUACAGGGGCUUCUUCUCGCACAAGCGGACGUCCAGCCAUGGUUCCACCAAGUCCGACACCAAGAUCAAGACCAAGGAUGACCACCUUGCCUUGUGGCUGCAGCGUGGAAAUGUCAUCUACAAAAGCGUCGGUAUGGGUCUCAUGGACCUGGCGGUGGGGAUGCACCUAGUAGAGUUUGCGAGAGAGAAGAACGUUGGAUCGCAUGUCGAGGACUUCUAA